AUGAAGGCCACCCCGUUGCUCGUUUCAUGGCAUAAUGACAAUGCCCCUAUCUAUUCGGUGCAUUAUGACCCCAAUGGAAAGGGCCGUCUAGCUACUGCUGGCAAUGACAACAACGUCCGACUCUGGAAGGUCGAAUCUACCGGAGAGGACCGAAAAGUGACUUAUCUAAGUACAUUGUUAAAGCACACACAGGCCGUCAAUGUGGUUCGGUUCAGCCCAAAAGGUGAGAUGCUGGCAUCCGCCGGAGACGAUGGAAAUGUCCUGUUGUGGGUACCGUCAGAGCUGCAGACGCAAGCUGGGUUGGGCGAGGACCGCUCGGAUGACAAGGAGACAUGGCGUGUGAAGCACAUGUGUCGCUCGUCCGGCGCCGAGAUCUACGAUCUGGCAUGGUCCCCCGAUGGUGUUUUCAUCAUUACAGGUAGCAUGGACAACAUCGCCCGAAUUUACAAUGCUCAAACUGGGCAAAUGGUCCGACAGAUCGCAGAGCAUUCACACUACGUCCAAGGUGUAGCCUGGGAUCCGCUGAAUGAAUUUGUUGCGACUCAGUCGUCCGACAGAUCAGUUCAUAUCUAUUCCUUGAAGACCAAGGAUGGUCAGUUCACAUUGACACCACACGGGAAGAUUCUCAAGAUGGAUCUGCCAGCCAAGCGCAUCUCCUCCAGCAGCCCUGCGCCUCCAGAUGUGACUAGCCGGCCUCAGCAACCCAACGCGAACUCCCUUGCGAUUGCAUCGCCUGCUCCCUCGACCCCGGGAACCCCAAUGGCCUCUAAUCUUCCCAUGGAUCCUCCUCCAGUAUCGCACAGCCGGCGGUCCUCGUUUGGCUCCUCUCCCUCUAUCCGGCGAUCCGCGUCUCCUGCCCCAUCUCUACCAUUGCCCGCCGUGAAACCAAUGGAGACCUCUUCUCCGAGCCUUGUUGGGGGGCUUGGCGGUCUAAGCGGACUGGGAGUAAAGAACACCAGUAUUUAUGCCAACGAGACGUUCACCUCCUUCUUCAGGCGGCUAACGUUUGCCCCCGACGGAAGCCUGUUGUUCACCCCAGCUGGACAAUUCAAGACUUCACAUGUCUCAGCUACGGAUUCUGCAAAGACAACAGACGAGAUCAUCAACACCGUUUACGUCUACACACGGGCAGGGUUUAAUAAGCCCCCAAUCUCUCAUCUUCCAGGACACAAGAAGCCCUCAGUUGCGGUCAGAUGCUCUCCGAUCUUCUAUACCUUAAAGGAAGGUAUUCAGCCGGCCAAAAUUCUCACCCUCGAUACGUCGUCCGGCGAGGACAUGUUCCCAUCUUUACCAGAUCCCGUGGUCACAUCAGGUCAAUCGUUGACCAGCGAGCCCCUGAUGGAUCCCCCAUCUUCCACGCCGGCCGAAUCAUCGAAAGCUCAACCCUCUCCAAAGACCGCUGAAGAUGACGCAGGCCAGAACUCGGUCCCAGUCUUCGCGCUACCGUACCGCAUUGUGUAUGCCGUGGCCACCCAAGAUGCAAUUUUGGUGUAUGAUACGCAACAACAAACCCCCUUGACUGUUGUCAGCAACCUGCAUUUCGCCACUUUUACGGACUUGUCAUGGUCUACCGAUGGCCUAACGCUGCUAAUGAGUUCUUCGGACGGAUUCUGUUCCACACUCUCGUUUGCCCCCGGGGAGCUCGGGCAAAUAUACACUGGCCCAACAGGGCCCAACUCCACUUCCCAAAAUAGCGCGACACCGGGGACCGCUUCAUCGAAUAUCACUCCUCUGCCAACCCCGACGCAUGCGCCAUCUCCAGCUAAGGCUCAUGCAUCGACAAACUCGGCAGCUGCACCACCCCCAGCUAGCCCGGCACGAUCGAACUCGGCCAAUUCAAUCGCUACCCAGUCGUCACAACCGCCUCCAACUGGUGUUGUCAAUAACCCUACUCCCAUUCUCGGCUCCGUUCCACUUGUGACAGCGGCGCAUUCUGCGCAGCCACCAACACUUCCACUAACAACACCGCCGCAAACGCCAUCAAGCACCCAAGGCGGGGCCACCGCCGGUGGUACUGUGCUAGGUAAACGCGAUGCAAGAACAGCUAGCGAGUCAGAAAAAGAAGAGAAGGAUACAUCAAAUACGGCGACACAACCGCAAAAGAAGCGCCGAGUUGCUCCAACUUUAGUUUCGUCCGGUACGGAUUCGCAGGCAGGAAAACCUUGA